GUACUAAAGAGGAAACAGGCAAUCUGCGGAAGUGCAUUUAAAGUAAAUUAUUUACUUUAGAAUAGUAGUACCUAUAUAGGUGAGGUGAAGAGUCGUGAUAUUCACAUUCAGCCGAAACUUGUUCGCGAGUGACCAUGUUUCCCGCUGCACUUUGCAUUGUUUUCAUCCUCUUGGCCUCGCCAUUGGGAGAGGCUAAAACUAUGGAAGAGUGGGAAGCAUUAGAGAAAAAAUCGAGCCAGGCCUGUCUUACUGAGAUGAACCUUGUCAAUGAACUUGGUGCAAACUUUACUUACGAUAGCGUUGAGAAUUUCACUAAACUUGAAGAUUUCUCACCAAAUGUCCGCUGCUUCAUUAAAUGCAUCGAGGAGAAGCUUGUUGGACAGGACAUGUCAAACAUGAAAAAAUUCUUAGACAAGGGGAUGGAUUACUGGAAAGACGUGUUUAAGGCACAGAAAUGGUCACCGGCCAAAGUGAAAGCCUUCAUUGAUUCCAUUAUGCCUUGCGAUGCUCUGAGGGGACCAAAUAAUUGCGACACGAUAGUAUUGAUGUAUCUCUGUGAAGACAAAGCGAUGAAAAAAGUCGAAAAACUUAAUUGAUUUGUAUUUUCUGCGCUGUAUGAAAAUUGACAAAAUAUUUGAAGCAAAUUUGUAAAAAUUUUAAAACAAAGCAAUAAACAUGAA